GCAGACUUGUGAUGCAAGGUCAGCCAAGGGAAUUCGACGGUGGGCACCGCGCGGGACUGCGCGGUCGCCCAUUCCGUCAGACAGCGACAUGGAAGGGGGGAAUGGAAUACUUCUGCCGGAGCCGUGUGCGCCAAGCACCCCUCCAGCUGAUUCUUGCGACGAGCAUUACCGGAGCGAAGUCGACGAUUCCAACACAUGGUUCGAUUGCCGCUGGAGCGCAGCACCCCGCUCGUGUCUCACAACUCCUGACACACGGGUGCGGGAUUUUGGUGCCUCUAGUCUCGUUCAUGCGGCAACGGGUCUCGCUUCCCGCCUUGGGAUUCGAUAGGGAGUCCGCCGCCAGCGGCGACGUCGACCUCGGCCGGUCGUCGUCCGCACCUCGUCAUGUCCUAGCCAGCGCUCGGUCCCAAGGUCGCAGCAGCGGGAGCCGUCGAACAUGCCCUCUUGGAACACGAUCGACGUUUCCAAUCCCACUCUUCUUAAUGUAUAUCUGGGGCAUUCCAGCGCUCGAGACGAUGCACGGCCAUCCAACUCCCAAACGUUCUCCGCAUCGGCGAUCGCAGCGCUGGCGCGAUGCGCGACGAGUCCUCGUGUGGCUCGACCAGCGUGGCCAGCGCUAGCUCGAGCGAGUCGUUUGGUGCCGCGUGUAGUCGAACUAACUAGUCUACGGAUGCGAAGCCCAUCCCCUUCCAGCUCCUGCUUCUGUGUCAAGUACUAGCUGCGGCCGCGGGAGGAGCAAGGAGCGGGUACGACCCAGCCGCACGCAGACACAGCCUCGUCGGCACGUCCGCAGAGCCCAACGGGGUUUUGUGUAAGGCCAGCAAGUGCAAGGGGAUGUUGCCGGCAACAGUUGGCUUGGAAAUCCACACAGGCGACAUGGAGGCCAGCGCAGUUACCAACGCCGUCUCCAACAAGCAGCGCGGCCGCCGACGUCGUGACUCAUUUCGGAAUUCUUGAAGAGCAUGAAGACGGCGCGCCGCCUGCAAUGCCCAGCCGCCAACUUCCCGCUGCCGCCCAACUACUUUGACACACAGGCCCUGGAUGCCACGACCCACGACACAAUCCUCCACAUUGCACGGACGUGCAGCGCCCAGCUCGUCGACACCGUCCACGCGAUGGACGACCUCCUCGUGUACGCGAUGCACACAGACGCCGCGUCCCAGCGCCGCAUGAAGCUCGUCCUUGGCAAGGACGGCUACGAUGCGUCGCUGGCGUGCAUGGCUGGCCACAUGCAGUUUCAUGCACCGUUGGUCGCGGUGGCGUCGUUCUUUCGAGCAGAGUGCCUCAGCCGCGCGGCCAACGAUGGCCUGGUCGUCGAUGGUCAGACCCUGUACACACUUGCGGCACCGACGCUGGACGCCCCCCUCCAGUACACCACGAUCAAAUGGGUAGCGCACAAGUUGCCGUCGGGCCGCCAUCGCGACUACUGCUACCUCGAGAGCCACCGAGCAUUCAUCGAUCCCAAGUCGUCCAGGCGGGGCUGGCUGCGUGUGCUCCAUUCGUUGGACGUCCCUGCGUGCCCGCCACUCCCGUCGUCGUCGGGCGUGAAGCGGUCCAAGUGGUUUCGGUCCGGCCAUGUCUUGCUUGAGAAUGCCGGGUCCGGGUUGCUCGAUUGCUACGCCAUGCUCACCGUCCCUACCGACCUUGCGCCGACCGCGCACGAGCACCACUCGAUGAGCUUCAUGCGGUCGUGGGUGACGCAGGUUAUGGCUGUGCCGAACGUCUUGCUCACCCGACGCCUCGCGACCAAAUCCCUCGUGCCCACCGACGCGCUCCGGCCCAAGGACUCGGUCAAGUCGUGCAUGCUGUGCACGGCGCGGUUCCGCUUGUUCAGCUCCAAGCACCACUGUCGGGCAUGUGGCCACAUCGUGUGCUCGAAAUGCCACAUCACGUGGACGAUGGCGACGCUGCGCAUCUGUCUUCGAUGCGCCGACAGCAACACGACCAAGUCAUGUGCGUGCGACUCGUUCCUGAUGACCCAUGGACGCUCCACUGUGGCGUCCUGCGGCCGCCACCGGGACGGCGAGCUCUCGACACUGUCCAACAGCGACGUGCUCGAGCCAGCAUCGUGUCCAGAGCCGAUGCCGCGCGAGAGCUCCGACUUGACCAAAUCGAGGUCGUCGGCCCGGCUCGGCGCAUUGUCCAUCGAGCCCUCGUGUCCCCGCGUCCCCAUCAAUUACGACCACGUGUUUGAUAUGUCCGUGCUGCAGCAGCCGCCACCGACCCAGGAUUCAGCGGCGAGCCACCGCAUCGUCGACAAGCCCGAGUUGUCCAUCCCGCUGUCUCGUUCGGAAGACGACCGGUCGAGCUUCUCGGAAGCAAUUGUCGACGUCGAUGCAUUGCUGCUCAAGUCGCGGCGGCGAGCACAUUCGUCGCUCGAGCUUCCGUCGACUCAUGCCGACAACGUUGUCGCGCUCCACGAUCUCCUUGAACAACUCUACGACGGCAAGAGCGACGCCGUCCAGAGCGUCUACCGCGAUCUCGUCGCCUAAUACAACACGACCUCCAUCCUCC